UGCCAUUUCUCUGAAAGUUCACUUCAGAACAGACAGUUCUACCUGCAGUAUCAUUGUCAGAUAUGAAACUCUGCUCCUGGCCAGGGGCCCCUUACGGUUUGGCCAUUCUGGCAUUCCUGUGUAAUUGUGCCACAGCUGUGGAGAGACGCUAUUACAUUGCAGCUGUUAAUAUUAACUGGGACUACACAUCUGCCGGACAGCAAAGGACUGGACCGUCAUAUAAAAAGGUUGUUUACAGGGAGUAUAAUGAGGGAUUCACACAGGCUAAAACACAUCCCUUGUCCUCAGGGUUACUUGGACCGACACUGCGGGGACAAGAGGGCGACACAAUCAUUGUCACGUUCAAGAACAUGGCAGAUCAUCCCUGCAGCCUCCACCCACAUGGCAUUGCUUACGGGAAGCAGUCAGAGGGAUCUUUAUACUUUGACAACACGUCACUCUGUGAGAAAGAAGAUGAUGUAAUUUUACCCGGCAAAGAGCACACAUACCAAUGGGAGGUGACGUCUGAGGUGACCCCUACGGCUGCGGACCCCCCAUGCAUCACCUACACAUACCUUUCCCACUUUGACAUUGUCAAGGACUACAAUACAGGGUUAAUAGGCCCAAUGUUGAUCUGCAAGAAAGGCUCCCUAGACGACUCCGGAAAUCAGCUUCAUUUCCAUCAGGAGGCUGUGCUGUUGUUUGGAGUGUUUGAUGAGAACAAGAGCUGGUACAGCACCGGGGGCCCUGAACAGGCACACAAAGUGAAAUACACUAUAAAUGGCUACACAAAUGGCUCUGUACCAGAUUUGGACAUCUGUGCCCACUCCAAAGUCAGCUGGCACCUGCUGGGAAUGAGCUCUGAGCCAGAGCUCUUCUCUGUACACUUCAAUGGGCAAGCCCUGGUGCAUGAUGGCCACAAAACCUCAUCUGUUGGCAUCAUUAGUGGAACUGCCACCAGUGCCAGUAUGAAUGGUAUCCACCCCGGCCGCUGGCUUAUUUCUUCUCACAUUAGCAGGCACUUGGAAGCUGGUUUGCAUGGAUACUUUAAUAUCAAGACGUGUGAUGAGUACACAGCACCAAAAAGGCGGCUUACCAUCCAACAGAAACAAGAAAGCCAAGUGUGGACCUACUACAUAGCAGCAGAAGAGGUCAUCUGGGAUUAUGCUCCAAAUAUGCCAGAAAACAUGGAUGGGGAUUUCCGUUCAAAAUAUUUAAAGCAGGGGCCUCAGCGAAUAGGUAAAAAAUAUAAAAAAGCAGUAUUUACUCAGUAUAAAGAUGGCACGUUUAAAGAGAGAGCAGAAGAUAAGCAGAGAAAGAAAGAGCUUGGGAUUCUGGGGCCAGUGAUAAGAGCUCAAAUCAGAGAUGUCAUAAAGAUUGUCUUUAAAAACAAAGCAACACGUCCGUACAGUAUCUAUCCUCAUGGACUGACCAUUGAUAAAGCAGCAGAAGGAGCCAGUUAUCCUGCAGAAGGGAACCAGACACAUGGGAUUCAACCAGGUGAGAAUUACACAUAUACAUGGAGUGUGUCUGAGGAAGAUACACCAACGGACAGUGACCCCAGAUGUCUGACCAGGAUGUACCACAGUGCAGUGGACACUCCUCGAGACAUUGCUUCUGGUCUUGUGGGUCCUCUUCUCAUCUGUAAGAGCCAGUCCCUCAACAAAAAGAAUGUCCAGCUGAAAGCAGACAAAGAACAGCAUGCCAUGUUUACUGUUUUUGAUGAGAACAAGAGCUGGUACCAUGAUGAGAACAUUAACACAUACUGCAGUGACCCCAGAAGAGUUAAAAGAGAUGAUCCAGAGUUUUACAAAUCCAACGUUAUGCACACAAUCAAUGGUUAUGUAUAUGAAAGUGGCCAAGAAUUGGGAUUUUGUAAUGGUGAAAUCGUGACCUGGCAUGUAUCAAGUGUUGGUGAACAAGAUUACAUCCAGACUGCCACUUUUUAUGGCCAUACAUUUGAGCUAAAAAACAGAGAAGAGGAUAUGCUCAGUCUAUUUCCCAUGACUGGUGAAACUAUCACUAUGAACAUGCUUAAUAUAGGUAUUUGGCUUUUAGCAUCACUGAACUCUCAUGAUUCCACUAAAGGGAUGAGAGUGAAAUUCAAGGACCUUGAAUGCUUCAGAGAUUACGUAAUGGAGUAUGAUUAUGAAUCAGAAAAAUUCACUGUAUGGAAACCUGCGUCCAUCAGUGAUAUUAAGAAAGAGGAACCAAAACAAACAAACCCUACCAUGGUUGACGAGGACACCGAUAACUAUGCAGAACAAUUUGGCUUGAGGACGUUCAAAAACGUUAGCGAUGACUUUGAGCAUAUUGACCUUUCGAUACUAGAUUUUGACGAUGGUUUUUUGCCGACUAUUGAGGCAAAAGCCCCGGCCCCAAGUGAUGAGUUGGACAAAUCACACAAUGCUAUAUUUGGAUCUUUAAAUCAGAUUCAUGGUUUAUCAGCUAAGGAGGCUGGUUUGGAGAAGAGAAAAUCUUCAAAUAAAGUCUUGAAUGAAAGCACAGAAGAGCCAUUGCUAGACAUGACAAGCAUUUUUGAUUCCAAACCAGAGGUCGUGUCAAACAAUGACACGGACAGUAUUAGUUCACAUUUUCCAGUUGUAGAAAGAAAGGUCGGCAGUGCAUCGACAAAGUCAGUGAAUGAAAUGGAAAGUGUCUCCACAAAUGUUACUCUGGAUAUUGAAAUAAAUACCAACACAGUAGAAAACGACAGUUCAUCAUUGGAGACAGACAGUGUCUCUGCUUAUACUACUCAUGAAGAAAAUGUCAGUUCAUCAUUGGAGACAGCCAGUGUCUCUGUGAAUACUACUCAAGAAGAAAAUGUCAGUUCAUCAUUGGAGACAGACAGUGUCUCUGUGAAUACUACUCAUGAAGAAAAUGUCAGUUCAUCAUUAGAGGCAGACAGUGUCUCUGUGAAUACUACUCAUUCUCCAGUAAUUGAAACCAACAUCACCCAUACAAUGAAUGAAACACACAUUUUCCCCACUAAUACCAGUAUCACUUCAUCUGAUGCUCCAGUUGGUGACAGAAACAUUACCAUGGAAGGUGACAGUCCAUCUCUAAAUUCUUCUGAAUCAAACAUAAUGCUUUCAAACCAAACCUUAGUCAACAAAACAGUAAUUCAAGAAGAGGCAAACACUAAAAAUAACACUGACUUAGCGGAUGGUGACCGUGAUAGUUCGGGUCACGUCUUCAUAUACCAUGUGCCUAUUCCUGAUUCUCUCUCCAACAGCUCAGAGACACAAACUGAGGAGGAUUUUGUGCUUCUGAAUGGUGGUCUUCCCUCUGAAGUUUUAACAGAUUAUAAGACUGUAGAAGAAUAUAAUGUCUCACCAAUGGACAUGUCUGAGGAGAUUGGUGAAUUAACUGAAAACACAACAAGGAUUCAAGAACUCAACAGCACAAAGGUGAAUUACACCGGUGAGAUGUUUUCACAGAUAAAUUCUGAAACUGAGAGCAUUUUUAAUCUCAGUUUGUCUUCACCUUUGAGAAACGGCACUUUGCAAAGCAACGAGUCUGAAUCUUCAAAUGCAACUUUGUCUGAUUUCAGUCUCGACCUUGAAUCUGAAAUAACAGAGAACAGAACAUCACCCACUAAUGUUACUACAAAAUCUCACAGUGAAAUUUUGAGAAAUGCAUCAGAGCUCUUUUCUUCAGACAGUACAGAGAAUAUGUCCUUCUCUCUUGGCCCUUUCAAUGUUUCAUCCACGAAAAACGGUUUAGAAAGUGAAAGCGAAGAGGAAGUAGUCAUCUAUCUGAAGAACAAUCACAGCGAGGCCAUACUCACAUCUCAUCUCGAUCCAAAAGAAGAGCACUGGGGUUAUGAUGGCAACCAUGAACUGGUUCAUAUGGAAAUCCCAGAUCACAUGAACAAAUACAUCUCAGACAAGUCUGCAGCAAAUUCAAAUAAACCAAAGACUGAAAAGAAAAAAAAAGUAGUUCACCAGAGGGUAAAGCCGAGAAAGGGAUAUGGCAUGAAGACGAAGAAAAGGAAAGAGUAUAAGCCACAGCCACGUUCUGAUGUUUCUCCAAAGGGUUUUUCUCCAAGAGGUUUUGGACCUUCUGGGUUGACCCCAAGGGGAAGCAGACCUAUCUCUAGCGAGGACGAACUAAUGGGGAAAUCCAUUGUCAUAGGAGUGCCAAGACGCGAUUUCAAUGAUUAUGAGUUAUAUGUUCCCAAAAAUGAGCAGAGUGAAGAUCUUGAUGGUAUGGUUGCUCACACAGAAGAAUAUGAAUAUGUAGAGUACAAAGACCCUUAUAGCAGAACAGCAGAUGUUCAAAGCCCAGCGCUUGAUGUAACAUCCCAGCAUUUCUUAAAAAUGGCUGGAGACAAGAAUACUAGAACUUUUUUCAUCUCAGUUGAAGAGGAAGAAUGGGAUUAUGCUGGCUAUGGGCAGAGGAGGGUUGAUAAAUCAUCUCAAAACGAGAGGACCACGUCAUUCAAAAAAGCGGUGUUCAGAAAGUACCUGGACAGCACCUUUAGUAUCCGAGACAUCCGAGGGGAAAUGGAUGAACACCUGGGAAUUCUGGGUCCGGUCAUUAAAGCUGAAGUUGAUCAGACUGUUAUGGUAUUUUUCAGGAAUCUUGCCAGCCGUCCAUACUCUUUGCAUGCAAAUGGAGUAAAGUAUUUAAAACAAAUGGAAGGCCUGAGUUACGAUGAUCAGUCACCGUACUGGUACAAACAGGACGAUGCCGUACAACCCAACAGCACCUUCAUCUACAUGUGGACUAUAAAUUCCAAAUCUGGGCCUCAAAAUAACGAAUCUGACUGUCGAACGUGGACUUACUACUCCGCAGUGAAUCCGGAGAGAGAUAUAAACUCUGGGCUGAUUGGACCGCUUCUGGUGUGCAGGAAGGGUACACUGGAUCAAAAGCCUCUGGGCAGAAGAGAGUUUGUCCUGCUCUUUAUGACGUUUGAUGAGAGUAAGAGCUGGUACUACGAGGAGAAUCGGGAGAGGAUUGAAAGGAAAAACAAAAGAGCAGUCAUGGAUCCAAAUUUUAAAAAUAAUUUAAAGUUUGACGCUAUCAAUGGUAUUAUCUACAGUCUCAAAGGAUUGCGAAUGUACACAAACCAGCUAGCGAAGUGGCAUCUGAUCAACAUGGGCUCUCCUAAAGACCUCCACAGUGUCCAUUUCCAUGGUCAAACAUUCAUAAAUAAGGAGUUAAAGGACCACCGUCAGGGUGUUUACCCACUUUUACCAGGUGGAUUUGCCACACUGGAAAUGUUGCCUUCAAAGCCUGGUCUCUGGCAGCUGGAGUCUGAAGUUGGACUCUCACAGCAGAGGGGAAUGCAGACGUUAUUCCUUGUGUUAGAUAACGUCUGUGAUCAUCCUCUUGGUGUCAUCUCUGGAACUGUGAAAGAUGAACACAUGUCAGCAUCUGACUCUAGAGGACAAUGGUAUCCUCAUUUGGCCAGACUACAUAAUACAGGGAAAUACAAUGCAUGGAGUACAACAAAGAGAGGACAGCACAUUCAGGUGGACUUCCAGAGGCCGGUAGUGAUUAGUAAAGUUGCCACACAGGGAGCCAAGCAAUUCUUAUCACAUAAUUUUGUGCUGAACUACACCAUUUCCUACAGCACUGACAAAAAGAAGUGGACUUUCUACAAGGGAGACAGCGAUACCGUCAGAAAGACUUUUGAAGGAAACAGCGAAGCUUAUGACACGAAGGAGAAUAUAUUUUUCCCACCUCUGAUUGGUCGAUAUGUGAGGCUGUAUCCUUUACAUUCUUACAACUACCCAACUGUCCGUUUGGAGUACUAUGGUUGUGAACUUGAUGGUUGCUCUGUGCCAUUGGGAAUGGAAAGUGGCCUCAUUAAAGAUGCUCAAAUCACUGCCAGUUCUGUGGCCUCCAAUUGGUACUCUGGCCAGUGGCAUCCUUGGUAUGCACGCUUAAAUAAAUUAGGGACCGUCAAUGCAUGGCAAGCCAAGAACAAUGACAUGCAGCCAUGGAUCCAGGUGGAACUCAAGGACAUAAAGAAGAUAACUGGAAUUAUAACACAGGGGGCCAAGUCAUUUGGCAAUGAGAUGUUUGUGACAGCAUAUACUCUGGAGUAUAGUGAAGACAGCAAGAGAUGGACAAAGUACACGGAAGAUGAGGACUAUGAACAAAAGACAUUUCGAGGCAACACAGAUAACAAUGGCCAAGUAAAGAACUACAUCUACCCGCCAAUAUUUUCCAAAUUCAUCCGGAUUAUCCCCAAACAAUGGCAGAAGUCCAUCACUAUGAGGAUUGAGCUGCUUGGUUGUGAUUUUGAAUAAACACUGUGCUUUAAAUCAUAUGACAAUAGUUUUUACUUUAU